AUUGACCUUUUCUUAUUCUAGUUUUUCAUUCGUCUUCUUUCCUUCUCCAUUUAUAUCAACAUCUCUGCAAUCUUUCAUUACCGCAAAGAAACCCCAUACCGAAACAAGAUGGCCUCCUCUUCAACUGAAACCAAUCUAGCCACCGCAAAGACAGUCCUAUCCACGGCGGCCUCUGUGGCAGCCACCUUUAUGCUUGCGCGAUCAGUAGCUCAAGAUAUCUUACCCCAUGAGUUCCAUUACUACUUUUUUUCUAAUGUUCGCAAAUUCUUUAAUCGUUUCUCUCCCCAAAUCACAAUGGUCAUUGACGAAUUUGAUGGUUUUGUACACAACCAAAUGUAUGAAGCCGCAGAGACUUAUUUGGGUAGCAAAAUCUCUCCAUCAACACAAAGAUUCAAAGUAAGCAAAUCCGAAAAAGAAAACAAUUUUACAGUAAAAGUGGAAGGAAAUGAAGAAAUCAUAGAUAUCUUUCAAGGUGUUAAAUUCAAAUGGGUUUUUGUUUGCAGACAAGUUGAAUCAAGAAACUAUUACCAUCCUUUUGAUCAUAAUUCCAGUUUAAGAUCAGAAGAAAGAUAUUUUGAGGUUAGUUUUCCAAAGAAACAAAAAGAUAUGGUUCUUGAAUCUUAUUUGCAUUAUAUUGUUAAAGAAGCAAAAUCUAUAGUUCAAGAAAAGAAGACUUUAAAGAUUUUUACAGUAGACUAUCAACAUAUGUAUGGCAAUUUAGCAGAUGCAUGGAAACCAGUGAAUCUUGAUCAUCCCGCGACUCUCGAAACCAUUGCUUUAGAAACUGAGCUUAAAGAUAGAAUCUUGAAAGAUCUUGAAAGAUUCGUGAAAAGGAAAGAUUAUUAUAGAAAAGUAGGGAAGGCAUGGAAGAGAGGGUAUUUAUUGUAUGGGCCGCCGGGGACUGGAAAAUCAAGCUUGAUUGCUGCAAUAGCGAAUUAUUUGAAUUUUGAUAUAUAUGACUUGGAGUUGACUGAGUUGCACAGUAAUUCUGAUCUUAGAAAAUUGCUUAUUUCUACUGCAAAUCGGUCAAUUUUGGUGGUUGAGGAUAUAGAUUGCAGUAUUGAGUUGCAGGAUCGAUUGGCUGAAGCAAGUGAGGCACGACAUAGUCAUAGUUUUCCACCACAAAAACAGGUGACGUUAUCAGGAUUGCUGAAUUUCAUAGAUGGGCUAUGGUCAAGCUGUGGAGAUGAAAGAAUCAUAAUUUUAACUACAAAUCACAAAGAAAAGCUUGACCCAGCAUUGUUGAGGCCUGGGCGAAUGGAUGUUCAUGUUCACAUGUCUUAUUGCACCCCAUCUGGGUUUAGGCUUCUUGCUUCUAAUUACCUUGGGAUUAAUGAUCAUUUCUUGUUUCAACAGAUUGAGGAAUUCAUUUCUACAACACAAGUCACCCCAGCUGAAGUUGCAGAGCAGCUUAUGAGAAGUGAUGAAAUAGAGACUGUGCUUGUUGAGCUAAUUCAAUUUCUCAAAGUGAAAAAGAAAGAAAAUGAGGAAGACAAGGCUAAGGAAAGUGAGAUAGUGGUGGCAAAAGAACAAGAGCAUACUGUGGAAAAGGAUGAUGAUGACAAUUAACUAGUUUGGCACAGUUGUUAUUUCUGGUUUUUAGUUUCUCUUUGUCAAAGAAUAAAGAUCUAUUGUUACAGCUUUUUUUUUUCUCUUAUUUGAUAUCUCAAACAAAUAGGUUACACCAUUAUAAAAAGUAACUUUUACUUGUUUUA